AUGAUAUUCAUUUAAAAAGAAAUCAAAAUGGAAUUUAUUAAUUCAACACAGAAAACAGACAAUGACACUAUUGCAGAAGUAAAUAAAUCCACAAAGACAUCUGAGGUAUUGUAUGUUAUGGUUUUGUACUCAAUUGGUAUAGUUGCAAACACACAUUGGCUAUAUGGCAUGUAUAGAGUGAAGAAAUUGCACGUCAGAGAUAACUAUUUUCAUAUAAACUUAUCAGUUGUGCAUAUCAUUGGGAUGGUUAAAAUCAUCAUUGCGAGCCUGACUCUCGGAUUUGGGAUAAAGGAAUUGACGAUUCUGAACACACAUUUGCAACAUUUACCCACAACAUCGAUGAGUGCCGUACUCUUGUGCAUAAUAGGAGGGAUUCGAUUGGCUCGAUUAACACACCCUUAUAUGUACUUGACGACAAGGUUGACAUUAUUCUUGUUAAUGGUACCAUGGUUGUUAAUGAUUGCUAUAAUGUUAAUGGAUAUCGUAGUUCCAAAGAAAAAAAGAUUUCUCUACGUAAUAUGGCCAAGUAUAUGUUGCGCAAGUAGCGUUAUGGUCAUGAUUUACAUGAAGAUGUUUCAUACGCUGUAUAAACGAAAUAUUAAAACUGAUGUCAGUCCUAUCACCAUGGCAACAGAAAGCCGGUCAACAAACAGCUAUGGUAGAGUGAGUAAAUUCGAAAUUUUCAUCAUAGACGAUAUUGUUGGGAGUUACUCUAAAGAAGAAGGGACAAGUCACAUAGACAAUAUUAGACCACCCGAAGAAAUUCAAAAUAGUGAAUCUCUGAAUAAAGAAAUGAAGAAAUCAGCCAAGAAAACACAAAUGAUUCACACAAAAAGCACAAUCCCAAAAACAAUAGGAGAGACAAGCUUAUCGUCCCAUUCAACUAGCUCAAUCAAGAACACAAUCGCAGAGACAUCAUUCACGAUAUCUCAUCUGGCUGGUACGAACCUAAAUGCGAAGGAAGAUAUAACAAAAAAGAAAACAAUCAAAAUUCCCAACACAAAUGUGAAAAGGAUGGAAGACGCUCAUAUGCUCCUCGUGAAGGAAUACAGGAUGAUUGUCAUCAACUCGCUAGUCGUGCUUCUAAUCUCAUUAAUGCAUAUGAUCGCGCUGAGUUUCAUAUCAUGGCGAGAGGGACAAGAAAUCAAUGGGGUGCCAUAUGCAAAGCUACCCACAUGGAUCGGCCAUAUGCAUAUACAUAUUAUGUUUAUUACAUAUAAUAUUAUUCCCAUUAUAAGUUACAUCAAGAGUGAUGAUUUAAGGAAAGAACUGAGAAAAUGCUAUUGCUGUUAUCGUCAUUAGUAUAAGA